GAGUAAAUAAAUUAGUACCCCCAAUUCGAUAUUGAACUCUAGUUAUGCUGCAGUUUGAGUGGCCAAAGGUGUGGAGUUUGGAGAGCCGAGAGUCCGUGCGAGCGGCCAUUGAGUCUGCCAUCCGGUCCGCGAUGGGCGGCAGCACCAAUUCCAAAAUUCGAGGCAUGGUAGUGGCGGAUUUGCCUUCGAUGGGGCUGUACCCUCCCGAGUUGAUGCUUAGCGGGAUCCGCGAGAUCUCACCUGAGCGAAUCGCGUUGAUGAUGAAAUUACGCUAUGAUGGGGACUUCUCGGUUACCUUGCGAGGACUAGAGAUCAACCUCGAUACCAUCGGCUCGAAUGACGAGGAGGCCAACACAAACCUCGCCAUGCCGUUUUAUUGCCCAUUUGAGAUGACGCUGCGGGACAUUCGGCUGGAUGGGAUGGUCUCCAUUGAUUUAUUCCAAGACCUCGAGGACACCACCCGGCGCGAUAGCGAUGAUACUUUUAGCUCUCUCAGUCGUUCGAAAUUCCGACCGAUGAGUCAAGCACGAACGCAGCAGUUAAGCCAGAUCGGCAUCGCGAAUCUUUGCGUGAUUAACAGCGAUGACGGCGAUAGGCCGUUAUUAAACAUACGUACGCCGACCGCACGGGUCUCUGGGUAUGGGGUACUUUUCGGUGCCGGAGGGCGACGGGCGAUGCGACUUCCCGAGGCCAUUCUUUCACCUGACAUCGUACCGAAAUCGAAACUGCCGUGGAAUGCGAUCCCUUUAAGGACAUCUUCCACCGCCCGUUCCUACUCCAGUGAGGGAAGCCAAAUUUCCAACACCCCGGAGGAGCCGACGCCGAGCAUGAAGAGCCACUCCAUGUUGGAUUUAUUGACCCAUAAGGUGAUUGUAAAACAGCGCGUGCUGAAGAUACAGCUUUUCGGCGAUCCAUUGAAGAGUUUUAAAGUGGUUUCUAACUUUGCUACGGUGCCUGGGGUGAACAAUAAGGUGGAUGCGAUCAUCAAGACCCUUAUUAAGCCUUCUAUCGAGCGCAUGAUGACAGAGGGCAUCAGCAUUAACUUAUGA